AUGAGUCGAUUGAUUGUGAAAGGAUUACCAUCAAAGUGUACUGAAGAAAAGUUGCGGCAGUAUUUUGGAAAAUAUGGACAAAUUACUGAUUGUACUUUGAAGUACACUAAAGCUGGAAAAUUUCGUCGAUUUGCAUUUCUUGGAUUUGAAAGCGAUGAGAAUGCCCGAAAAGCUCAAGACCAACUUCAUGGUACAUUUAUGGGCACAUCUCGCUUAAUGAUUGAAGAAUGUAAGCCGUUCGGCGAUGAAACAAAGCCAAGAGCAUGGAGUAAGUAUGCAAAAGGAAGCAGCGCUUACAAACGUUCGCACCCUGAAGAGGCAGAGAAAAUAGUAAAACACAUCAAUUCUGGAGGGAAUGAUUCAACCUUAUCAACCAAAAAAAUGAGAAUCGACGGCUAUGAUGAAGUUCCAGAUUUUCUUGAAUUAGAUAAGAAAUUAAUACCAUCUGCAAAUUGCAUUACUGACGAAAACAAUGAAAAUGAUUUGAUCAAAGAGUUGCUAAAUGGAAUUAGCGGUAAUACUUCGUUAUCAGUCAUUGUAUACGGUCUUCCUAAAACUGUAAAAUCGAAGGGGCUUAAAGAUUGGUUCAGUCCAAUUAGAUUGAAAGGAAUGAAAUUUGUUCGCGGUUCGACCGAAGCUGUUGCAUUUGUUACAUUCUUUCAAGAAUCUGACACCAAAAAAGCAUUAAAACGUAGUGAACAGUUUUUUGGUGGUUCCAGAUUGAAAAUAACAAAGGUUCCCAACGAACAUCCCGUCGUGAAAGACAUAGAGGAAUACAUUCAUGAAACAAAAGAGGCCGAAAUUGAAGCAGUAGUAGCAAAAAUUCUUGAUAGUGGAAGACUUUUCGUCCGAAAUCUUCCUUAUAUUUGCACUGAGGAGGAUCUCCAGUAUUUGUUUAAGAAAUAUGGUGAAGUGUCUGACUUACAAAUAAUUAUCAACAAAAAAACUGGGCAGUGUAAAGGAUUUGCUAUAGUCACCUAUGUUUUUCCUGAAUCGGCUGUUGCAGCAUAUUCAGCACUGGAUGGAUCCAUUUUGAAAGGGAGAAUGCUUCAUAUUUUACCUGGUGAGGAAAAGCGAGAGACAGAAGAAGUUGGAAUCACUGGAAAAUCAGCAUUCCAGAAAGCGAAACUUUCAAAUUUAAAAAAAAGUGCUGGUAAAGCUCAUUCUUGGAAUACUCUGUUUCUUGGAGCUAAUGCAGUUGCUGAGACGUUAGCCGAAAAAUUAGAAGUCGAAAAAAGGGAUUUAUUGCUUGGGGAAGGAGAAACAAGUGCUGGUGUGCGUUUGGCCUUAGCUGAAACGCGCUUGGUUCGGGAAACUCGAGAAUAUCUAUUAGCUCAUGGAGUUUGUUUAGAUGUUUUCUCUCGACCUGCUACAAAUCGAAGUAAGACUGUGAUCGUUGUAAAAAAUUUAACAGCAAAAGUUGAGGCUAGUGAAUUGCGACGAAUGUUUGAGAGACAUGGUCCUGUAAAACAAAUAUUAUUGCCUCCUGGUUGUGUGACCGCUGUCUUAGAGAUGGGAAAUGUAGUUGAUGCACAGAAGGCUUUUAAUGCGCUUGCUUACGCUCGUUUUCGUUCUCAGCCUUUGUUUUUGGAAUGGGCACCUUGUGAUAUAUUUAAAUCAAAAGAAUUAGACCAAGAAUAUAAAAACCAGAAUCAAGAUAGUUCUGAAAUUAAGAGUGCUGAAAAAAGGACUCCUGAGAUGACAGCUGAUGAAAAGAAGAAAUUGAGAAAAAGUAAAAAACAUCGAAAAGAAGCUGUGGAAACUGCAACCUCCGAGAAAGCUGUGGAUCACGAAACUACUUCUUUAAUUGAUAAAGCUGACUUAGUAGAAUGUACCAAGGAAGAAAUACAAGGUGUAGAAGAAACACACAAUUUUGAAAUUGAUACCGAGGUUAAAAACGUUCAUUGUAUAGAACAAGAAAACGAAAUUUUGCCAGGAACAACUUUGUUUGUUAAGAACUUGAAUUUCAAAACUACAGAUGAAGAGUUAGCAAACAAAUUUAAAUCGAGAUUUCCCAUACGAUCUGCUACAAUUUCUAAAAAACUAGAAGUUGAGGAACCUACAAAAACAUUGUCUAUGGGCUUUGGUUUUGUUACUUUUUACCGCCCAGAAGAUGCAGAAGAAGCACUCAAGGAAAUGCAAGGUAUUUUACUGGAUGGUCACUGCUUGGAAUUAAAAUUAUCUCACAGAGAAGUUCUGUCGGGCAAAACUAUAACAAGAAAAGAAGUUGAUCAAUUGGAGCAGGGUGAGGCAACAAAGAUUUUAAUUCGAAAUAUACCAUUUCAAGCAAGUCGGAAGGAAGUGCAGCAACUUUUUAGUACAUUUGGUGAAAUUCGGUCAUUUAGGAUGCCAAGGAAGGUCGGUGCAUCAGCGGAAGGACAUCGUGGUUUUGGUUUUGUUGAUUUUUUGACUCGUGCUGAUGCUCGACGAGCAUUUAACGCAUUAGUUCAUUCAACUCAUUUUUAUGGUCGUAGAUUAGUUCUGGAAUGGGCCAAGCCUGACAGCAAUGUUGAAGAACUUCGAGAAAAAGCUAUUGCAAAUUUGAGCGCUAACAAGAGAGAAACUGGGCUGCAAAAGAAAAUGCUGAAAAAGAUUGCACAGGACCUGAUUGUGAUAGAUGAUGAUUGA